AUGGACCACAUCAAAUUUCCGUCUCCAUCCUCUAUUCUAGACUCACCGAAGGCUAUAUCGGCAUCUGUCCGAAAGCCUGCCGCUCGCAAAUCGGUCGCGCCCGCAACAUGCCAACUGCCUAACCAGGCCAAAAGCCGGAAUGGGUGUAACACCUGCAGGGCGAAGCGAAUGAAGUGCGACGAGUCCAAGCCCAUAUGUCAACAAUGUGAGAGACGCAAGGUGCACUGUGAUGGCUACAAGAAGGACUUCAAAUGGCGGCCCUUCAAAGAGACCAACAUAGCCUCGGGUCGGCCGACGGUCAAAACCCGAAAAGUCACCUGCAUGCCAGACGAUAAUAAAACACCGCGCCUACGGCAGCCACGACGACUCCACCUGCUCCGGACAAGCUGGCUCCAUCUCCUGAUCAGAACUUCCUGA